GUGGCGAGACGUCAAGCUGUGUUCAACCCACCCUCCAUCAAAAUACAGAAUAAAAACACUUCAAUUUUACCAACUUUACUACACAGUAUACAGACUAUAAAAGGCCCUGACGGCCAUCGAGCGGGCGGAUUUGAAGUGACUACGGAGCUCUGGUGGAGUAUUUUGCAAGCAAUCAGGGAAAGUGGAAGGGAGAUUUCUGUGCGAGUUGAUGGAGGAAACACAAAGACAUAUGCAAUCACUGGCAAAUGCUACGAUGGCUCAAGUUGGACAGAGCGUUGUACACCCCGGCAUCAUGUCCGCUCCUCACAUGCCAACAGCUACAGAUCAACAGCAACAAGGACCUGAACAGGAGACGCGAAAACAAGAAAUCGGUGACAUCCUGCAACAGAUCAUGACCAUUACCGACCAGAGCCUUGACGAAGCGCAGGCAAGGUACGAAAAGCACGCUCUAAACUGUCACCGAAUGAAGCCAGCGUUAUUUAGUGUGCUAUGCGAAAUCAAAGAGAAAACAGUACUGAGCAUUCGUGGAGCACAAGAGGAAGAGCCGCCAGACCCACAGUUGAUGAGACUGGACAACAUGCUUAUAGCUGAAGGUGUUGCUGGUCCUGAGAAAGGCGGUGGAUCUGCUGCAGCUGUCGCUGCUACAAAUGCUGCAGCAGGAGGCGGCCCAGGCCAACCAGAUAACGCAAUAGAACACACAGAUUACCGGGCUAAAUUAGCACAAAUUAGGCAAAUAUACCACACAGAACUGGAGAAAUAUGAACAGGCUUGUAAUGAAUUUACCACCCAUGUGAUGAACCUUUUACGCGAACAAAGUCGUACACGUCCAAUAGCACCAAAAGAAAUAGAACGUAUGGUUGCCAUUAUUCACAGGAAAUUUAAUGCUAUACAAAUGCAACUCAAACAGAGCACAUGUGAGGCUGUCAUGAUACUAAGAUCUAGAUUCUUAGAUGCCAGACGAAAAAGGCGGAAUUUCAGUAAACAAGCUACAGAGGUUUUAAAUGAGUAUUUUUACUCUCACCUGAGUAACCCCUACCCUAGUGAAGAGGCAAAGGAAGAACUAGCAAGGAAAUGUGGAAUUACAGUAGCUCAGGUGUCAAAUUGGUUUGGUAAUAAACGUAUUCGAUACAAGAAGAACAUAGGUAAAGCGCAAGAAGAGGCGAAUUUAUACGCAGCUAAGACGGCAGCUGCAGCAGCAGCAGCAACCAAUCAGCACUCUCCUACUGGAUCCUCAGGCUCCUACCCAAUGACAUCACAAUCACAGAUAAUGGGACAGCCAGACAUGUUCAUGGGCAUGCAGCAGGUUAAUGGAGAUAGUUAUUCAGCGUCAGGGGCACAAGUUGGAGCUAACGUACAAUCACAGUCGCCCUCAAAAUAAAAUUGUUAAUCUAAUGUGUUGUGGCUCCAACAAAGGUGCCGGGACUACGCCAUGUGAUAUCAUCUACUGGAGGGUUCAGCUCUGAACAACAAGGGAUAUAUUCGGAUCAUCCUAAUAUGGGAUAUGGUAAUCACCCUACUUCUGCAGCUACAACCACAUCUGGGGAAAUGGUAGGUUCCACGUGACGACCUCUGACCUCAUGGCCUGUUUUCCUUUAUCACUUAUUUAUCACCACAAGGCACACAAAUAUUGUAAUAUUACCAUGGCUACCUAACUGCAUGUAAAAAA